GCCAUUAAACAGGUGGCGAAUUAUAAGAGAACUUGCAGAACACAUUCAACACUGUGAGCGAACAGUUUAGCGCAAAGGGGAUUUUUCGCAACAAUUUUCAUUAUUUUCUUUUGUUUGCUUUUUAAUUUAACAAUUGAUUUAAUUUUUAUUAUAUUGUGUUUAAAGCUGAUCAUUUGUACCGUAUAAUUAGUGCAUGUGUGUUUACAUGUAUAUUUAAUGAAUAUUCUAAUAACAACGUUUCUGCUGCUGCUGGGAUGCAGCGCUGCCAUUAUUGACGCCACAGAAGUAUCAUAUCGCUUAGCCAGGAAUGUUAUGCCCGUAGCAUAUGAUAUUUGGCUAAGACCAUAUCUCUUGGUCAGCGAUGGAGCACGUCGAUACACUUUUAAUGGUGAAGUUAACAUAACGUUGCAUUACAGCAAAGCGCAGGAAAUCACUUUACAUAAAAAUCUUAUUGAAAUAACUGGUGCUUGGCUGUACAACAACAACAACAAGUCCGCUCAACUCAUACAGACAUUUACUAAAGAUGAAUUGACCUUCGAUGAUAUAACACAAAAGUUAACAGUGCCUUUGAAAGAUCAGCUAACGCAGUACAACAAAUACAUCUUACGCUUCAUGUACACGGGGCAAAUACGUGAUGGUAUGCAAGGAUUUUUCCGCGCCAAUUACACUGACGACACCGGCUUGGAAAAAUGGAUCGGAGUAACACAAUCUCAGCGCAUCGAUGCACGCUCCAUAUUCCCUUGCUUUGACGAGCCCGCCUUCAAAGCCACAUUCCGCUUGGAAAUGAGUCGCCCAGCGAAAUACAAGACUGUGUUCAAUACAGAGUUAUUAGAGAGUAUACCAGAUGGCGCUGACCGUUACUUGGACAUCUUUGCUGCGACGCCACCAAUGUCCACAUAUUUAUUUGCGUUUCUCCUCUCAGAACACGAACAAUAUGGCAGUGAUGAUCUUAAAGUAAUUACGCGUGCAGAAUAUCAAAAUUAUACGCUCUUUGCUUACGAAGUGGCGGAGCGAGCUAUCAAAGCUUACGACGAAUACACCCGACAACCAUACAAGCAAUUAGGACUACCUCUGAUGCAACUUGCUGGAUCACCGAAAUUUCCACAUAAUGGAAUGGAAAAUUGGGGUUUAAUUAUAUAUAAGGACGAUGUGCUAGUAAACCAACCUGGCUACACUGAUGGCUGGUCAAACAAAGAGUACACGCUUACCAUAAUAGUGCAUGAGACAGCGCACAUGUGGUUCGGCAAUAGUGUGACAAUGGAAUGGUGGAGUUACUUCUGGUUAAAUGAGGGAUUUGCACGCUACUAUCAAUACUUUUUGGCGAACAAGCUAUAUCCGGAGUAUCAGUUAGAUCAACAAUUUGUUGUAAAUCAAAUUCAUUUGAUAUUUGAGAUAGACGCUACAAACGCCACUCAACCGAUGACCAGUCUAGCCACAAGUAUAAACACCCCACAAGAAAUCGGACAUAAAUUUAGCAGCAUCGCUUAUGCGAAAGGCGCCGCUAUUCUGCGUAUGAUGGCGAAUCUUAUGGGAGUCAAUAAUUUUGAUAACGCCAUUCGCGCCUACCUCAAAGAAUAUCAUUUGAAAAACACCAAACCAGAAUAUCUCUUCGAACACUUGAAAAACUAUUGGCCUUCCUUGCCGCAAGUUCAUUUGGAACAGUUCUUCUCAGAUUGGACCGAACAAGUCGGAUAUCCAGUGCUGUUUGUCAAUGUCAUUGCUGUAGGUCGAAUCAAUCUAACUCAAAAGCGUUUUUUGCUGGAUCCGCGUGAUGCUAAGACUGACAUACUCACAUAUACUAUACCACUUACCUAUACCACUGACAAUGAGCGCCAAUUUGAUAACCUGACAGCACGUAUUUACAUUCAAAAAGACAGCGACCUGUCUUUAAUUUUUGACAAACCUUACAAAUGGAUACUCUUCAAUCUACAACAGUCGAAUUAUUAUCGUGUCUUCUAUGACAAAACCUUAUUGUGGCAGCUUAAAACGGCGCUGUCCACAAGAAACCACAGCGGCAUACCAAUCAUAAAUCGCGCGCAACUGAUCGAUGAUUUAUUCAAUUUCGCACGCGUCGGCAUGUUGGGCUACGAUAAGGUAUUUGAAUUUACGGAAUACCUGACGUAUGAAACCGAAUAUUUACCUUGGUAUGCAUUUUUUUCGAACUUGCAACGCGUAGCGCAACGCUUGACAUUAGAACAACAAAAGUUGUUUGUGAAAUACUUGCAAGAUAUUAUGUCUAAUAUAUAUAAACAUUUGGGCUUUACACGAAGCAAUGACACAGUACUCGACAUUUACAAUCGCAAUAAGGUCAUCAGCUGGGCAUGUAAAUAUCAUUUGUUCGAAUGUGAUCGUGAAGCGCAGCAGCACUUCGAUGCUUUAAAAGCAACUGGCUCUAAGCCGACACCAGAUUUUCGUGAAACACUCUAUUGUAAUGCCAUAAGGGAUAGCCAACUGACCUAUUAUGGAAUUCUCAACGAAUGGUUCCGAAAUGAGAAAGUGAUUAGUGAAAAACAGAAGCUCAUGCGAGCAAUGAGCUGUACGCGAUUUUUCCAUGAAACUCAAUACAUCAGAAUACUCAGCGGUGAUAUACCAAGUGAAUAUACCAGUAUGAGUAUAACGGAAAUGUAUAAACAGAAUCCCGAAAAUGUGGAAGCUAUCCUCAUUAUGAUCACCACUACUAUUGACCACUUGGUAGUCAGAAUUGGUGGCUGGUCGAACCUUGCUAACUUAAUUCAUGACAUCGCGAACUACUUAACCACGCCAAAGCAGCAAAAGUUGCUGGAGGAUUUCGUGGAGGCGCACAGCUUACAUUUCGGUUCUUCUAUUUCAAUACUUCACGACGCGGUUGCUAAUGUCGAAACGAAUCUUAAGUGGGCAAAUAUGCACCUGCCAAAGCUACUACAGUACUUAGAGAGGCGAAAUGGUGCUGGCUUAAAGAGCAUAACUGCGCUUUUGUUGAUUUUCGUAAGCGUUGUGCAUAGGUUUCUUUAGCGUUUAAGUUUAUGAAGUUUAUGAACCAUUUUAGCAAAAUUGGUUGUUAAAUUUGUAUUUUUUUUAAAUUAUUGUAUGUUUUAAUGAAAAAAUUGAAAUGGUUGAUAAU